AUGCCAGCACUACAUCGCAAUGACAUCUUUCCGCUCUUACAAGGCACUGAACCAGCUACCGUCGCCGAUAACUUCCUGUCCGACACGUCCAGUCCGCAGCCCGACCAUCCAACCUGCAGCGACCAACGAUCGUCCAGCAACGACCAGCAGCGCCCAGCGAUCGUCCAGCAUCGACCAGCAGCGACCAGCGAUCGUCCAGCAACGACCAGCAGCGACCAUCUGCAACGACCAGCAGCGAUGACCAAUCCGCCCGUCGACUGGACCGGAGCAGGCGCACCACAAAUGCUCUCCGUCGUCGACAUGACCGGAACGACCACACCUCAACUUCCUACCUUCGACACUACCGGAGCUGACGCAACUCAAUAUCUCGUUGUUGAUAUGACCAUUUGCCAACGUUUGUCUUUCUCGCUUGGUAACUUUCAUUUGAUUGUUCUUUAUUCCUUUUACUCUUUUUUCUUCUUUUUCUCAUUCGAUCUUUCUUUCUCCCUUUUUUCUUUUUUCCUUUCUUUUUUCUUUCUUUUAUUAUUUUUUUAUUUUUGUUCGUUCGUUCUUUUUUCUUCUCGCUUUUUUCUUUUUACUUUCUUUCUUUCAUUCAUUCUUUAUUCCCGCGUCUUCUUUUCGUAUAUUCCAUCAUUUUAUCAUCGUCUCUUUUCUUUCUCAUUUGCUUUUCAUUUAUAUUUCAUUCAUUCUUUUUGUUUGUUAUUAUUUCUUUUAUUCUUUCUUUCUUUUCGAUUCUCUUUUCAUCUCGUUCUUUCAAUUUGCCUUUCAUUUACAUUUCAUUAUCAUAAUUUCUUUCAUUUUCAUAAUUUCAAUUUCUUUUUCCGUAAUAUUUCUUUCUUUUUUUUCUCUUUCGGUUUUUUUUUUCCUUUUUUUCUUUCUUUCGUAUUUUCUUUGUUUCUUUUUGUUCGGAUUUCUAUUUUCUUUCAUCGUCAUGCCUUUUAUUCUUUUCUUUAUACUUACUUUUUCGUAUCUUUUCAUCUAUUUUUCGAUUUUUUAUUUUUGCUUCCAUUUUCUGUUUACUUUUCAUUCUUUCAGUUUUAUUUACCUCCAUAUUUCUUUCUUUCUUUUCCUUAUUUACUUUCUUUUGACUUUCAUUUCCUUUUCCGCAAUUCUACUUUCAUAUCGCAUCUCUCUUUCACGCUUUCGGAUUUUCUUUUUCUGUUACGUUUUUAUCAUUCUUUUUGUAAACGUAUUUUUAAUUUUAUUUUUCUUCCAUACUUUUUGCUUGUUCUUUUUCCUUUCUUUCUCUGCCCUUUUCUUUUUAUUAUAUUUCCGUUUCUUUUUCUUUCUUAUUUUUGCUCUUAUUCAAUCGAUUAUAUUUUUUGUUUAAAUGUUCCUUCCCUAUUUUCUUUUGUGUUAUUUUGUUCUCUUUUCUUUUCGUGUUAUUCUGUUAUAUUUUCUUUUCAUUUUUUAUUUCUUAAUUUCUUUUUUUUUUGUCAUUUCUCCUUUCUUAUUAUUUUGUUCUUUUCUCAGGUCUCUUUCAUUAUAAUAUCUGUUAUUUUCUUUCUUUCGUUCUUUCUUUCUUCUCUUUUCCUUUUCUUUUUCUUUUCCCAUUUUAACCUAGUUUCAUUUCAAUUUCUCACUUUUUCCUUUUUAUUCUUUCUUUCUAUGUUCUCUUUUACUUUCUUUUUCUUUUCUCAUUUUUUUCUUCUUUUAUUUUCUUUCCUUUCAUUCUUUCCGUUAUAUUUUCAUUUUCAUUGUCUUUUCCUUUCUUUCGUUUCGUUUCUUUUCUAUUCUUUGCGUUUCUUUUUCUACAUCUCUUUCUUUCUUUCUUUCUUUCUUUCUUUCUUUCUUUCUUUCUUUCUUUCUUUUGUAAUUCUUCUCACUCUCUCUAUCCCUUACCUUACCUUAUUUUCGCCUGUCUUUUCCUCGAUUCGUCUAUUUAAACGCCGCUAA